AUGCAAUUGGGUUACAUUUCCGUCCUCAUUUACGCAGACGUCCAUCACACAAAGACACACCCAUUGGGCGUCCCGCCCAUCCGCACAGAGCCUCCCACCCAGUACGCAGACAUCGACAACUUCCUGUUAUCAACUCCUGUCGAGACCCCGCCUCUUUUCAGAGAUGACGCCCCCAGCUCGGGCGUGGAGGGGCAGAGUGUGGAUGGUUUGGAGGAAGAGGGCAAAGAAGAGAGAGCUCCGCCCCGCCCCCUUCGGGCGACAAUUUUGACAGCCGUGGAGGGAGAAGAUGUGGAGCUGGAAUGCGAAGCACUUGACUGGGCUGUGACUCCACCAUGCAGUGGUACAGGUGUCUCGCUCGAAUGGCAUGUAAAUGAAUCGGUCAUUGUCGAUUGUAAUGAGACCUAUGCGGGUUAUACGGUUGUACUUAACGAGACAAGCGGGGCGUUGGUGAUCCCGCAUGUUUCCGAGUUACUGAAUGGCACAAAGUUCUACUGUCAAAUUACAUCAUCAAGAGGAAGCAAAAUAACUGUAAUAGAACUCAUCGUGUUUAAUGGAAUUGCCGAGACAACUUCCGUGAUAAACGGGAUACGAGGAGGGGCUAUCACUUUGGAAUGUUUCGUCAAAAGUGUUCCAUCCGACUUUCCAAAGAUAAACUUUAGGUGGUUGCUUGGCAAUGAACCCUUGCACUAUGCGUGCACAAAUGAGGACAGCACCAAUGCGGGAAAGUAUGACUAUCACCAUGACAACCACGGUUGCAACUUGACGAUUAACGACCUCGAGUUAACAGAUGAGGGGCGCUACAGAUGUGAAACUCAGUAUUCGGCUACGACGGUGUGGAAAAAUACAUCCUUGACAGUAGGUGUGCCACCCAGAGAUGUGUACAUCGUCAACGCCACUACCGGCGAAAUUUGUAGCGGAUACGUGAACAUCGGACCGGACACCGACCAGAGCUUCACCUGCCUGGCCACAGACACCAAACCCCCGGCAGAAAUCACAUGGGCAUUCGCUGGAAAGAACACAAGCGGAGAGACGAGGGUAGUUGGGACGAGAUUGCACAACACAAGCAGCAAGUUUACCGUGCCGUCGUUUCAGCCUGGUCAGCGGAGGAAUCUAACGUGUACAGCAACUGGGGCAGGAGGAAAGGUGGUCACGAAUAUUCUGUUGCUCAGCCAACAUCAAGAAACAGACCCCUCGAUGCAGAGUCAGAUGUCUUUGAUCUUCAUUGCAGUUGGUAUAGCAGCUGCACUUCUGCUUGUUCUUUUAGCGGCGAUUGUCUUCUGGAAACGCCAAAAGGAUAACGUUCCUUCCGAUGGAAACCAGCCUGUAGUUCACUAUACACGGACUGGACCCGACAGGCCUACGGCGUCUGUGAGUCCUGUCUUGAGCACAGUCGUGGGACCAUCAGAUGCGGGAAAUAUCUACGAAGAAAAUACGUUCCUUCCGAGUAGCCAGUCGCCUCCUGCUGCCACACCGCCCUCUAGCAGUGGCAUUCAAGCAACAAGGAACAUCCGACGUUACAAUCCCGGCAAUAGGGCAGUGGAGACUGUUGUCCUCCCUGGUUCCCCGGUGGAGCAAAGCGAUAUGCCGUCUACCAGCAACCAACAACCAGCAGCCACCAUUUCUAAGGAAGUUCUCAUGUACGCAGACGUCCAUCACACCAAGACACACCCAUUGGACGCCCCGCCCAUCCGCACAGAGCCUCCCACCCAGUACGGAGACAUCGACAACUUCCUGAUAUCAACUCCUGUCGAGAUCCCGCCUCUUUUCAGAGACGACGCCCCCAGCUUGUGUGUAGAGGGUCAGAGUGUGGAUGGUUUGGAGGAAGAGGGCAAAGAAGAGAGAGCUCCUCCCCGCCCCCUUAGGGGUAACCCGAUCCCUUAUCUGGUACGGGAUUGGCAGAUGUAGGCCCAACUGUGUAUGACAUUGUAUUGAAAUGCAUGCUAAUUGGCGAAAUGUUUGAGGAUCACUGGGCGAGCAGCCCGAU